AAAGCCUGACGGGCCAAUGUUCAGACAGGCGCCAUGAUUUUCCUGAGGAUGCGGCUAGAAAAUGGUCGCUUCCUGCUUGGAUAAACGCGUAGCCGACAUGUGAAAGGCUCCCCGCUGUUUAAAGCUCGCAGUUGAAAACACGUGUUCACUGGUUUCAGUAGAGACCAAAAUGGAUUUAUUGACGUUACAAAUACUCAAAGUUUCGCUUUCGAAGCGGAGCAGAGUGAGCUAGGUAGCUAAUGCUAUUAGCGAAGCUAGCUCGGUGAGGCUAGCACAGGAUAAUAUCCGGUUUUUAUCACAAAUAUUGAACAUUUGAUUCUGCUUGGUUAAAUGACAGAGGUGUUACAGGACCAAAGCUCAACACCUUAAGUCACAGGUAUGACCCGGUUCUGAUUCGGACAGUCCUGGUGAUGGCAGAGGGGACUUACACUGGCGAAAUGCCCUCCUUUGACCCAAGUCCUGGUGGUUCUGAAGCUAAAAAGAGACCCAUUUCAUCAGAUGGCAGAGACGAACCCAUGAGGAAAAUGCCUUUGACAAAGUUUGGACCCCGACCUCGGUUUGAGCCUGUGCACUUUGUUAGCGGUGGGAGCAGCGGAGGAACCGGCACUGAUGAGAAGGAGAACGAUAAGGAGCGCAGGAAGAGCGAGUCGCACGACGCCAGACCGUGGGAGACCCACCACUCCGCCGCCAGCGGCUGGGCGCAGGGCUUCUCCUCCCUCAGGCCCGCUUUCGACCGAGUGCCGUCACACUCGGGUGACUUUUGGGGUUCCCACAAGGACCGAGACAGUUCCUCAGGUAGCACUAGUGGACUGGGUUAUGGAGGCCGCGGGUCGUCUUCGAACUACAUGGCGAAAACGCAGCAGGACUACACCGCCAAGUACGUAGCGCACGCCUCCUCACACAGCUUAAACUCGUACUCGAAGCCGCAGAGGUUUAAUGGCUACAGUGGCGGUGGCAGCAGAACCAGCAGCUGGGAUUUGGGUCGUCAGGGUUUGGGUUACGGCCAUCAGGAUCGGCCUUUCAGCAGAGUCUACAGCAGCCCAAGCGCGGCUAGUCCCAAAGCAGCAGAGACCGCGAAGCCUCUUCCGAUAUCUCACUCCACGCUAGAGGAGAAGCAGAGGCUGAUCACCAGUGUUGCCAAUGCGUUGUCUGUCGCCUUCAGGAACCCUGUGUUGAUGACAGGAAGCGACUCACCGAACUACAACUUCAUGUUGAGCCGCAGCAUCCAGGCCUGCAAGACCAACCCGGAGUACAUUUACGUCAACCUGAAGGAUAUCCCGCAGGCGGACCUGCCAAAGAACAGGAAAGUGCCGACGGACGGCUACGCCUGCGAACUGAGAUGUCAGGGCGUGUAUCUGGCAACCGGAUACUCCGGCAGCAAAAACGGCGCAAGAGACCGCGCAUCCGAGCAAGCUGUGAAGCUCUUCCUGAAGCCGGUGGAGGUCCGCGUCGUGCAGCGUCGAUACCGACACCUGGUGGUCAGCGACAUGGUCGUGUGCCAGACACACAGCCCAACGCCGGCGUUCCUGCCGGCGCUCCGAAACCCGGAGAACAAGCCAACGCCGGGCUCCAAGGGCCAACACGAGCCCGACCGAAACAAGCACUGGACCGAGUUUGUGGUGAUGGACAACGCGUACGACGCCAUCUGCAUUCUGAACAACUCCAACGCCUUCAACCGCAUGAAGAUUGACUACAAGUUCGUCCAGCUGCCCAGCAACCUGUGGCAGUGCAGCAUCUUCCUGCAGGACGAGCUGAUAGCGCAGGCGACGGGGACGAAGAAGAGCUCCAAACAUGCCGCCGCCGAGGAGGCCGUAAGGAAGCUGCGCCUCAACCAAGCACAACGGCAGCCCUGGCAGAAACAGUCCUUCAGAAAUAAUCCACAGGAUUCUGGCAACAGCUUUCUGCCACCGUCAGACGGCGAUUCUUUUGGGGUCAGAAAGAAGCAACUGAGCGAGCUCGUGAUCUUGGAGAAUAACGAUAAUGCCAUCUGCAUCAUCAAUGACACGGCUCAGUUUAACAAAGUGACCGCAGAUUACAGAUUCUCGGUUUUGCCCGAUCAUCACUGGAAGUGCGAAGUUUACCUGGAAGGGCAGUACGUCGCAGCGGGAAUCGGGCCGAAGAAGUUAGUGAAGCACAUUGCGGCGAAUGAGGCGUUGUCCACCUUACGACAGACUCAGGCGGUCGUCAAGUCCAACUUGAGGAAGGAGGGACACAACGGCGCCAUUUCCCGCUCUCAGAUCCUCGCUCGCUCAGGCGAGGAAGCGCUGAAGCAGGAGAUCAAGGAGGACAACAUCGGAAACCAGCUGCUGCGAAAGAUGGGCUGGAAAGGCGGCGGCCUUGGCCGGGACGGCGACGGCAUUGCUGAGCCAAUCAGAGUCAAGGAGCAGUUCUCCAGGGAGGGUCUGGGCAUGGAAAUGGUUAAAACAGGAAACCUGCUCAGCAAGCGGGACAUCGAGGACGUCAUCCGCAACUACGCCAGCUCGGACAGAACGGACGACCUCCGCUUCUCCAACGAACUCACUGACGACGAGCGCAAGCAGAUUCACCAGAUCUCCCAAAAAUACGGCCUGCGCAGCAAAUCCUACGGACAGGGAUGGGACCGGUUCCUGGUCGUCAGUCGGAAAGUACACAAAGACCUGCUGAUUGGUCAGCUUUUACAGGAAGGACAGGUGGGCCGGUACGAGCUCGUCAAGCCUCAGGCGUCUCAUUAAACUGCAUGAAAAUAAAUUGGAAAUUUCCUCCGAGUUGGACUUCAAAGCAUAUCACAGCAAGGCCCGGUUCGGACAUGGCGGCAGCAUGCGUCCUGGCUUUAAAUGUCACCAUUUAUACCUGAUAUUAGGGAUCAUUUAGCUGCUUCACAUGUAGCUCUACACACAGUUUGCAUCAAAUGUUACAAUAACAUUAGUUUAGCUGUUAUAUUGAUAAUGUUUCAGGAAAAA